AUGGCCGAUCCGUUUGCGCAUGCGUAUGCAAAUGAAGUCCACCCUCCCUCGUAUGAAGAGGCCCAGGCUUCAACAGCAGGAUGCGCGGGGGACCAGAAGACAAUGUUUCCCUCCGUGCGGGCAUCGAGCAGCAGUCCUGGCAAUCAUGCCGCUUCGAGCCAAGAAACGAGGCAGUUUGACCAACGUCCAUUGGACCCCGAUUACUCUUACCAGCUUGGCGCGUCUGCAGAACCUACCGCUGAAGCGACGACAAUCGGAGCAGCAUUUCGAGAUACACAAGACGAGCCAAAGUCGCAGUCCUCUGAGACGGAGGGAACACGCGCGUUUGUCAUUGACGAUGGACGCGUCGAGAUGCACAUUGACGAGUCGCGACUCAUAUCUAGAAUCCUGUCGACGACAUUGCAAGCCGAUAACCGAUCCCAGGAACAAAACCCGACAGCCCGACGCUCUUCUUCUCCCGGCCCUACUCAAGGCAAACUGCCAAGCAGCAAGGUGGUCCGGCUCAAUGUCGUCAUGCAGGUCGUAGGAUCCCGUGGCGACGUCCAACCCUUUGUGGCUCUCGGAAAAGUCCUCAAGGAGAAGUACGGUCACCGGGUCCGCUUGGCAACACACGGCGUCUUUCGCAAGUUUGUCACCGAGAAUGGCCUGGAGUUUUUCGACAUGGGCGGGGAUCCAGUGCAGCUCAUGGCCUUUAUGGUGAAGAAUCCAGGCUUGAUCCCCGGCAUCGAUUCCAUCGCCAGCGGUGACGUGGGGAAACGGCAGAAGGAAAUGAAGGAAAUCCUCAUGGGCGCCUGGAGAUCAUGUUUCGAGGCUGGUGAUGGCACCGGGCCGCCGCUGGAACAAGAGGGAUUCCAGACGAGCGAAACCGAGAUCCCCUUCAUCGCAGAUGCCAUUAUUGCGAACCCGCCCAGUUCCGGCCACAUUCACAUUGCCGAGAAGCUGGGGAUUCCGUUGCACAUCGUCUUCACAAUGCCAUGGUCCCCAACGCUGUCGUUUCCUCAUCCCCUUGCCAACAUUGUAUCAGUGACGACUGGCGAGCGGAGAGCCAAUUUUCUCAGCUACGCACUCGUCGAAGUCUUGAUGUGGCAAGGUCUUGGGGCCGUCAUCAAUCGCUUUAGAGAAAAGACUUUGUUUCUCGAUCCCCUAAGUGACGUGACGGGGCCUGGAGUAGUCAGUCGCCUCCGGAUACCACACUCGUAUUGCUGGUCGCCGGCUUUGAUACCCAAGCCCGCGGAUUGGGAGAAUCACAUUACCGUUUCGGGCUUCAGCUUCCUCCCCCUUUCGUCCACGUUCACGCCAGACGCGGACCUCGAGGCAUUUCUCAAGGCGGGCCCUCCGCCUCUGUAUAUUGGCUUCGGAUCCAUUGUUCCUGCUGAUCCCGACGGUUUGACCAGACUGCUAUUUUCCGCCAUCCAGCAGACGGGACAGCGUGCCCUUGUUUCCAAAGGCUGGGGCGGGCUCGGCAAAGACGACAUGGACAUUCCCGACGACGUCUUCAUGCUCGGCAACGUCCCGCACGAGUGGCUUUUCGAGCGCGUCUCGUGCGUCGUGCACCACGGCGGCGCCGGCACCACGUCCACGGGUAUCGCCAAGGGAAAGCCGACCAUCGUGGUGCCCUUCUUCGGCGACCAGCAGUUCUGGGGCAGUAUGGUAGCCCGCGCCGGCGCAGGGCCGCCACCGAUCCCCUUCAAACAGCUUACGGCGGAGAACCUUGCUUCGGCAAUCCUCAUGGCCAUUGAGCCGGAGACAAUGGAAGCUGCCAAGGUCCUGGGCCAGAAGCUAUCCGGCGAGAACGGCCGAGAAACGGCGGCCGACGACUUCCACAAGGGACUCGACUUGGACACUGUAAAAUGCGACUUGUCGCCGAGCCGCACGGCGGUGUGGAGAGUGUCCAAGACCAAGAUCAAAUUGAGCGCAUUCGCUGCCACAGUCCUAGCCAAUGCGGGGAUUUUAAAUAUGAACAACCUCAAGCGGUACCACCCACGUUCGUACCACACCGUAGAAGGGUCCGUCGAUCCUAUUUCCGGCGGACUGGGGGCGAUUCUAGGCCCCGUUGGGAGCCUGAUGAUGGGCAUGAUUGAUAUUCCACUUGAUGUUGCCAAGGCAGUGGCCGUCAAGUCGACAAACUCGCUCAAUGACCAGGCCGAGGGCUCUCGUCCGGCACCAAGAGCCCAUCCUGAGAAGCCAAUUGUCGGCUCCCAACUUCAUGCUGAUCAAAGUCCCGCUCCCAGCUCCUUCGAAUCAAGCCAGCGUUCCUCAACCACCCCAGUGGACGCUGCUGAUCCCCACGAGUUGAAGCUUCCACGACGGCCUACCAACGCGGAAGCUGACCCAUCCGGAUCCGAGCCGGCGCCCCCAUCGCCGGUACGGAGAGAAUCCGAUAACAAGGGGAAGAAGAAGAGCAUCAAGGAAAAAGUCACAGCUGCAAAGGCACGCAUCUCCCUCGCCUUUGGCUUUGGCUUUUACAAGGAACUCUCGGGCAACGAACACAUGGCUCGCUCCAGCUUUCUCCCCGAUGUCAAGGGAUCCAUCAAGGACCAUCCCAGCGGCUCGAUAGGCUCGGACGCGGCGCUCGGCGCAGGCAAAGGGCUUGGGCGCAUCGCCGCCAUCGGCAUGCGCAUCCCCAUGGAUUUCGCCAUGGGAAUCAGCAGCGGGUUCCGCAACGCGCCCAAGCUGUACGGAGACACGACGGUGCGACCAGCCCACAAGGUGGAAGGGUUCAACAGCGGACUACAGGCCGCAACAAGGGAGUUUGGCUACGGGGUAUACGACGGCGUGACGGGGCUGGUGUCGCAGCCGUACAAUGGAGCCAAGAGGGAGGGCGUGUCUGGAUUUUUCAAGGGCUUCGCAAAGGGCGUCGGCGGUGCCGUGUUGAAGCCCGGUGCCGCGCUUUUUGGCAUCCCCGGGUAUGCAUUCAAGGGCAUUCACCAAGAGAUACAGAACCAUUUCGGCUCAGGCCUGGAGAGCUACAUCAUUUCUGUCCACACGGCCAAGGGCUUGAAGCAGUAUGCUGACGCAUCUGAGGACGAGAAGACGGAGAUUGUGAAUAAAUGGCAUUCAAAGGAGAUGGAGCAAAAGAUGUCCAAGCCUGGAAUUAUAGACCGGUGGCAAUCGGUACAGAGGUCGCGAAGGCAGUGGAAGGAAGGCGAGGAACGUGAGUGA